GGCUGCUCUGGGCGGACGCUUCCACACUAACCGCCGCCUCCUCCUGCAGCAGCAGCAGCAGCCUCGUCCCAGCCUCCUCCGCGGGCCAGCGACGGCCACAGCGCGCCGCGACAACGGCAUGGCAAGCCCCGCACGCCCGAGAUGAGCGGAGACCUCGGUCAGAAUAGUGUGGUUUUAUUUUUGUCGGCCGCAGAGGGACCUUUGGGGCCCCUCGGCCCGGGCUCCGCAGCCCCAGCCCCCGCCCCCCUGCUCCCGCUCCCCCCGGCCGCUGCUCUGCUGCUCCGCUGCUCCGCUCCCCGCUCCGCAGGCUCCGAUUCAAAGGCGAAAACCAAGAUGGCCGCCGAUUCCGUGCAGGGAGAUGCCAGGGGACAGCUGGUGGCAGACCGACUUGGACUGGGACAAAACCUGGACCUGUCCGACGUCAUGGUCCAGCAGAAGCUGGACGAGAUUAAAGAGCAGAUUCGCCGUGAGAUCCGCAAGGAGCUAAAAAUCAAAGAAGGCGCUGAAAACCUGCGCAAGGUUACCACAGACAAGAAGAGCCUGGCGUAUGUUGACAACAUGCUGAAAAAGUCCAACAAGAAGGUUGAGGAGCUUCACCAAGAACUUCAAGAACUUAAUGCUCAUAUUGUGGUCAAAGAUCCAGAAGAACUUUUAGAAUGCCCUUUAACCCCAGACACCCCUAACAGUGAAGUGAAAAUGUGCACCAGCGGCAGCAGCCGUCUGGCAGCCUUAAAACGACAGAACGACAUCGAGCUGAAGGUGAAGCAGGGCGCUGAAAACAUGAUUCAGAUGUACUCCAACGGGUCCUCCAAGGAUCGUAAGUUACUAGCAACUGCUCAGCAGAUGCUUCAAGAUAGCAAGACAAAGAUUGAGUUCAUCAGGAUGCAGAUCCUCAAGGCCAGCCAGGCCAGCGAAGUGAGCUUCGACAACAAUGAUGUGAUGGAUAAGCCCAUAAUCAGCCCUUUAGACCUACGGGUGGAGGAACUGUGUCACCAUGCCAGGAUAGAGUCUGCAGUGGCGGAGGGAGCGAAAAACGUCAUGAAACUCCUGGGUUCUGGAAAAGUCACGGAAAAGAAAGCACAUUCAGAGGCCCAGGCUCGCUUUACUGAGUCCAGUCAAAAGCUGGACCUGUUGCGAUAUUCCUUGGAGCAACGCCUCAACGAACUGCCCAAAAACCACCCUCGCAGCAGCAGCAUCAUAGAAGAGUUGUCUAUGUUGUCCUCACCGGCCCUCAGUCCCAGAUCCAGUAUCAUCUCAACACAGAACCAGUACAGCACAGUAACCAAGCCUGCAGCACUUACAGGCACGCUAGAUGUCAGACUCAUGGGCUGUCAGGACCUCCUGGAAAAUGUCCCCGGUCGUUCCAAAGCCGCCUCUGUCCCCCUCCCCGGCUGGAGCCCCAGCGAGACGCGUUCAUCCUUCAUCAGCCGAGCCAACCGGAAUCGUGGCGUGAGUUCAAGGAACCUCACGAAGAGCGAGGAGCUCUCCAAUGAAAUUGGCGCCGUGCUGAAGUUGGACAACACAGUUGUUGGACAAACAAGCUGGAGGCCGGUGAGCAACCAGGCCUGGGACCAGAAGUUUACACUGGAGCUGGACCGGUCGCGUGAGCUGGAGAUCUCUGUGUACUGGCGUGACUGGCGUUCGCUGUGUGCCGUCAAGUUCCUGCGGCUGGAAGACUUCCUGGAUAACCAGCGUCAUGGGAUGUGUCUGUACCUGGAGCCACAGGGGAUGCUGUUUGCAGAGGUAACAUUUUUCAACCCCGUCAUCGAGAGAAGAACAAAACUGCAAAGACAGAAGAAGAUUUUCUCCAAACAACAAGGCAAAACCUUCCUGCGAGCUCCUCAGAUGAACAUCAACAUUGCCACCUGGGGCCGGCUGGUGAGGAGAGCCAUCCCCACCGUCAGCACCAACUCCUUCAGCCCGCAGGCUGCCGAGACCGGACCCAGCAGCCUGCCCGGGUCGCCCACCCCCAGCAGCGACCCGCUGGUGACCAAGCUGGACUUCGACAAAGAGCCCACACCAGGACCCAAACACUACCCAGCCCCCGAUGACGACGGAGAACCUCUGGGGCCGCAUAAGAUCCCCAACAAGGAAGAGGUACAGGACGCUCUGGCCUCGUUCGACUUCCUCAACAAGAGACACAGCACUGUGAUAAAGCCCGACAUGGACGGGCUCCUGGAGCAGGAGCUCCCCGACCCGGACCUGGAGCUCACCGCCAUCCAAAAAGUUACAGACAUAAGGGAGGAAGAGCAGUUCCACUUCAGUCUUAAGGACUUCAAAUGCGUGGCGGUGCUUGGACGGGGCCACUUUGGAAAGGUGCUCCUAGCAGAAUAUAAAAGCACCGGGGAGAUGUUUGCCAUCAAAGCCUUGAAGAAAGGAGACAUCGUGGCUCGGGAUGAGGUCGACAGUCUGAUGUGUGAGAAGAGGAUUUUUGAAACGGUCAACAGCGUCCGCCACCCCUUCCUCGUCAACCUGUUUGCGUGCUUCCAGACGCAGGAACAUGUGUGUUUUGUGAUGGAGUAUGCAGCAGGAGGGGACUUGAUGAUGCACAUCCACGCUGAUGUUUUCUCUGAGCCCAGGGCCAUAUUUUAUGCAGCCUGCGUCGUGUUGGGGUUACAGUUUUUACAUGACCAUAAGAUUGUGUACAGAGAUUUGAAGCUGGAUAAUCUCCUCCUUGAUACGGAGGGCUAUGUGAAGAUUGCAGACUUUGGCCUUUGCAAAGAAGGAAUGGGCUACAGGGACCGGACCAGCACGUUCUGUGGCACGCCAGAGUUUUUAGCUCCAGAGGUCUUAACUGAAACGUCGUACACUCGCGCCGUGGACUGGUGGGGGCUGGGGGUCCUCAUCUUUGAGAUGUUGGUGGGAGAGUCUCCCUUCCCCGGCGACGAUGAGGAGGAGGUGUUCGACAGCAUCGUCAACGAUGAAGUCCGUUACCCACGCUUCCUCUCCACGGAGGCCAUCUCCAUCAUGAGGAGGCUUUUAAGGAGGAGCCCGGAGCGACGUCUGGGAGCAGGAGAAAAAGACGCAGAGGAAGUUAAGAAGCAUCUCUUCUUCAGGAACCUGGACUGGAACGGGCUGCUGGCCAAGAAGGUGAAGCCGCCGUUCGUGCCGACCAUCCACGGCACCAACGACGUCAGCAACUUUGACGAUGAAUUCACUUCAGAGGCGCCGAUCUUAACCCCCCCCAGGGAACCCCGAGUGCUGACCUCAAUGGAGCAGAACACGUUUUCUGACUUUGAUUACAUUGCUGACUGGUGUUAGCUCCGGCUGAACCCGCCAACAGACACUGUGACCUGAUAAUUACAGCAAUGACUGCAGCUCACGUCAUCCUCCUCUUUUUUAAUCACUCUUCCUUCUUCCAAAAUGUUGAGGAGGACAAACGAACAUGGCCCCCCCCAAGCCUUCAAGCAAAAACUCUGUGCCAUUUAGGAAGAAAGUCCAGAUGAACUUUAUUGUUUUUUCCUUUUUUUUUUGUUUUUUUAGAGGAAGAAAAACAGAUAAAAUUCCCGUUGGAGUGAAGGUAUCAGGAUCAACGUCGCCGUGUCCGUUGUCUGACCACUGAGAAUGUUUUCCAUAUGAACUCUGAGAAGACGACACCAUCACAAUCAUCUUAUUCAGUGUCUGUGUCUUCAGUUUUUGUUUUUUUAAGCCUGUACAGAUUAUAUUCAGUCAUAUAUUUUAUUGUGUUUUUGGUUAGUUUGUAAAGCCCUCACCAUAACUCUGCAGAGGUCAUGUCUGAAAGUGCUAUUCAGUGAACAGAGACUGCUUUAAGCGUUGUCCCGGGAUAGUCGACUCCAACAAAAUCAUUUUGACUACUACUGCUGCGUCUUGACUUGAAGACCGAGUGAGUCUACACACAUUUCCCUUCUGGCUCCCCCAUCUGGACCCAAAGCUCACAUCAUGAUGCGAAACAGCAGUUUAUCCAGUGUUACAUGCCACUUCUAAUCACUGCUUAUUUAAAACCUUCACACAGGACAUGGGUCAAUAAAACACAUUCGGUUAAAUGGGAGAAAAGGACAAUAGUAACUGAUGUUCUGACGCCCUCUAGUGGCCAAGGGUGAGAUUCAGCUCUUAAAUGUUUGUUCUUUGGUAUCAGUAUGGUUUAUCAUUGCUGAAUAAACUGCCGGUUGUGGUGGAUGUGAAUUUUUUUUUUUUUU